GCUAGGGCGAUGGUCGCCUUCUCUCUUCUCUGAGGGGAGAGGAAGGGGAGGAGCAGCAGGGAGGGAGGGGAGGGGAGGAGCUAGGAAGGGAGCAAGAGCGGGCAGAGGGAGGGUUUCGUGGCUUUGUGGAUGCGAAUAUGAUGUGGUGAGCAGAUCGGUAGCCGAGAUUGCGUGCACAGGGACGCAGGAGGCUCGGUGGCGAACAUUUUGGUGUUAUCAGCGGGCGUUCCCGAGGUCAGGAUGAGCGUGGGACCUCGAUAAUCUGACUCGUGGUGUUCUUGGAGAAAAUGCAAUGGCUUGUGGUGGACUAGCGAUCAAGAAUGGAGAUCUGAGGCCCGAGGAUUGUAAGAUCCGCUUCCUGUGAGGCUCUGGACCUUAUGUUGAGUUAGAUGAGGGUCGAGGGAGGUGGGAUGGUUGUCAAUUGAAGGUGUAGCUAUGUGGAACUAUCGGGAAGCCUGGGAGAGGGGUGAUGGAAUGUGGUGAUGAUGCGAGGAGUCGCGAAGACGGAAACCGUGAGCGCAAGUAUCGUGUUGUAGGUUAGGCAUUGUUGAAAAAGGUUCAUGCCAGGGAUGCGUUUGACUUUUUAGUCCACUGUGAUUGUGCCGGUCGAGAGAUUGCCUGUCCGAUCUCUUCUUAGAGCCACGCUUCUGUUGUCAAGCUGCAGAACCUGUAAUUGGAGCUCAGAGCGUAGGAGCUUUGAGCUUUGGGGUCACAGUUGCACUCCCGGGAGUGCACAUUUGUUGGGCUGUCAUAACCUUGGGGCCGUAAGACCAUGCUGUGGGUGACCUAAAUUUCAAUUUGAUUAGCUUCCGACACUGCUCCGGUCACGUCCCUCCAUUUCAUCCCUGGAUCUCGUCUGGAAGGAGGCAAAUGACCACCUUGAGGCUCAGCACUGUAGAGGCCUGUGUGCCACGGCUGUGAUUUAUGCUCUCUGGUGCCACCUGUCCUGUUUGCGGGAACUACCAUGGGUGCUUUGUGGUCUUGGAACAUGGAUGAGCGCUGUUGGAGGGCAGUCCCCGAAGUAAAAACAUUCCAUUCGCAUUCGUCCUGGUCUCGUCACAGUGUUCUGGACCUGUUUAUGUUAGGGGCGUGGUGAAAUCGAAGCUUUUGCAUCCUAUUGCUGGAAGAUCUUGGAACUGGCCAGCAGGGACUUGUUAAUAAUCGGUGUUGUCGAAGGGUCGGUUUUUACAGCAGACGCGCUACGCACUGCGCUAGACGAGCGUGAGAAGCAUUGGGAAACACUGGGGCCGUAGAGACACCAAUGAAGUCGACCUGAGAGGUUGUUUCUGAGGAUUAGGCGACGAGGAGGUACUAGUAUAGUGGAGCGUUCGAAUCGGUAUUUUAGGUCAUCACUGAAUAAAUACCAGAAAAAUUAUGGAGAGUUCAGGAUCAGCAUCGGAAGGAAUUCGGACUGGCAUUUCAAGAAGGUAUGGGAUGCCAUUCGCUUCGAGUUUACUACCCGCCCCUAUCUCGGCCAUUCUCGAGUUUUCGGGGCUUAUUCGUGGCCGAUCUCAUUAUGCUGAAGUUGAGAAUCAACCGUCAUCAGGAUCGUCUAAUGGUGACAGCGAGAGAAACGGUGAUAGCGGUGCAGAGGUGUCUAUUAGAAUAAUUGGUGAACAGGACGGGAGCAGAGGGAGCCAGGGGUCAGCAAACUCCCAUGGUAGAAACUCAUCAGAGAGUGGGGCUAGUACUUCACAAGUACCCCUCUCUUCUCUUUUACCUACAAUGAGAAUACCUCCCGCGGAUAACGGUAGUAACUCGUUACACUCUCCGCGGUCUCCGAAUACGGAGGAGAGAGGGGAAGUAUCUGAGAAUGGAAAUACAGGAACUGGGAGAGAAGUGGGGGGCCAGAGGUAUGACUUCCAGCAGCUCGCGAGGUGGAUUGAGCAGGCGUUGCCCUUCACGAUUCUUCUGCUGAUGGUCUUUAUACGACAGCAUUUACACGGUUUCUUUGUAACUUUCUGGAUUUCUGCCGUGAUGAUUAAAGCAAAUGACCUAUUGCGCAAGCAAACUGCUCUAAAGGGCGAGAGGAAGACUAUCGUUCUUGUUGCUAUUGCACUUGUCAUGAUCUCGCACAUUGUCGGAGUAUACUGGUGGUACAGCGGGGAUGCACUGUGGAGGCCUUUGGUCAUUAUUCUUCCACCCCGAGAGAUUCCAAGGUUUUGGCACGCAAUAUUUAUCAUUGUUGUAAAUGAUACAAUGGUAAGGCUGAGUGCCAUGGUGCUAAAAAUUGGACUUCUUCUCUACUACAAGAACAGCAGAGGUCGAAACUACCGACGGCAGGCUCAGCUUUUGACACUAGUGGAGUAUAUAUUGCUACUGUAUAGGGCACUUAUACCGGGUCCUGUCUGGUAUCGCUUUUUCCUGAAUAAGGAGUAUGGAAAUCUGUUUUCAUCUCUUACAACAGGCUUGUACCUGACUUUCAAGCUCACCUCUACCUAUGAGAAGGUCCAAACAUUUAUUGCGGCACUUUGUGCUCUAUCUCGACGGGAGGUGCAGUAUGGGGCCUACGCCACGUCAGAAGAGGUAUUAGCAGCAGGAGACAUGUGCGCCAUAUGUCAAGAGAAGAUGCAUGCGCCUAUUUCUCUACGCUGCAAGCAUAUCUUCUGCGAAGACUGCGUCUCAGAAUGGUUCGAGAGAGAAAGGACUUGUCCACUGUGUCGGGCAGUGGUGAAGUCAGCAGGGUUGAGAUCGUUUGGGGACGGCUCCACUAGCCUCUUCAUUCAAAUUUUUUGAUGGAUGCCUGGAGUUGUACAAUUAGAUUCCACUUGCCCCCAGGUUUAGGCUGGAGUGUUCACCACACCCUCAAUGUGAAUUGUUCUUCUUAGUCAAGGUAGAGGUAUUUGUAAAAAUUUAUGCGUUCACCAAUUGAAGCAGGGAUCCCUCGAAUCACAUAUAUUUAGGGAUGUCUGUUCGGACUUGAAACAAUUGAGCUGCACUGAAGUUGUCGCCAAUGAUUCGUGAUUACUCAAAUUACCAUCUCAUGAAAAGUCCAUUUCAUGGAAAGUCCGUAAAAGUUAAGUUGCCCAUACUUAUUUUGGCAUCAAGCGACAGUGGCUAGCAGCCUGUAUUCUAAGGGACUCGAGGGCCCAAGCCCUUCUCCUCCAUCCUUUUACACAGCACGCACGCAAUCAACAAAUUCUGUUGUGUGCGAUCUAAUUAGUCUCAAUGCGGAGCUCAAUAGCAGUGCCUCUGUUAAGGUUAGCCCUCGGUCAUGCAUUUUGCUCUUAUGAUGUAUUAUCUUCUCGUUUCUCUUAAUCUCCACGAUCUGAAGUGCAUGAGUAUAGUUGGUGAGAAUAAACGGCCUCUUCAAAUUGCAGGACUCAGUUGAAGGGGCCUCUUCAAGGCAAGGGAUAGUUGCGAGAGGAAAUGCUCCUCGUGAAGAUGACUGUAAAGGAGUCCAGGUGGUUUUUAUCAUUUUCAUGUUAACCCGGAGUGCUUUCCUGGAUGGACUAUCUAUCAGCAGCACCUGUUUUCGAGAAAACAAUCUUAUUUUAAUUGGUCGAAGUUUUGCUCUGGGUGCAUGUAUCGCAGCCUUACCUUGACUACUU